AUGGAGUUUCUGCAUUCUUUGUUGCUUGAGUCUUGGAUGCUCUGGGUACUGGGUCUGUUCAUUGUGAUCUGUCGCCUUACAUCGCGACGUUUAAAGCUUGGAAAAUGGAACCGCUUGGCCGUUGAGGAUUAUCUCAUGGUCUUUGCACUUGUCAACUUUACAGGUGUUGUCGUCUCUAUUAAUGAAGUCGCAAAGAAUGGCUCAAAUUACAUGCCGGCGGAAGACGCAGCCAAGCUCACACCAGAAGGGAAGAGCAAGGCCAUCUUUGGAAGCAAAAUGACAUUUGUUCUCGAGAUCUUUGCUCUCACAGCCAGUUGGACGAUCAAAGCUUGUCUGCUCUUCCUCUACAGUCGACUAACACAAGGAACCUCGAUCAAGCAACGCUGGGCUGUGAGGUUUGUCGCAGCCUUUUGUGCGAUUACUUACCUCGUCGUCAUUUUACUGUUUGUAUUCUUUUGGUGUUCGCCAACACCAGAGUACUGGGCUGUACCAGUCGAUCCCGACAAGAUGCAAUGUGCUACAUAUUAUUCGCACAUGAUCACCGCCACUGCAUGUAAUAUUGCCAGCGACAUCUUCUUGAUUUUGUUACCUAUUCCCAUUGUCAUCAACAUCAGUCUAUCAAAAAAGAGAAAAAUUGGACUGUGUUGUGUCUUUGGUCUUGGUCUAUUCAAUAUCCUCGCCGCCGUUCUCAACCGCUACUACAACUUCAGCAAUCCUAAUAGCUAUGUCUUUCUUUACUGGUAUGUCGCAGAAUCAGGCGUGGCUCUCUGGGUCGGCAACCUCCCCCUCUGCUGGCCCGUCUUGCGUCUCGCCCUCGGUUCGAAAGGCGACUCCUCAAAUCACUCGUACCCGAAUCCAUCAUAUAGAAACUCCUCAUACCAAGAGAACUCUGCUCGACGAAGAACAAAUGGGCGCAGUAAAACAUCCGCGUGGGCGAAGCUGGAAGACGAGCAUGGCGUUCGCACUGAUGCAUCGCCGGAUAGUGGAAGUCAAAUAGAACUUGUAGAACAACACGGCAAGCAGCCGUACUUUGUUGAAGCAAAGGCAAACAGUGGUGCAGAUAAACUUGAGAAGGGGACGGACGGGCAUAUUACUGUGGUUACCAAGGUGGAAGUCAGCGAGGACCGACUUUAG